AUGGCCGCGAAGCGUCCGCGCGCUACCUUUGAGGCCGAUCAGGCUGAGGCGGGCGGACGUGAUGAUGGCUCGUACCUGCCGGUGUGGAAGCAGGAGGUUACGGAUGAGCGGGGACGGAAGCGACUACAUGGUGCUUUCACGGGUGGCUUCAGUGCUGGCUACUUCAAUACAGUCGGCUCUAAGGAAGGAUGGACUCCGGCGAGCUUCGUCUCCUCCCGCCAAAACCGUGCGCGCGAUGCGAAACAGGCAAGCCAGCAACAACGACCGGAGGAUUUCAUGGAUGAAGAGGACCUCAGAGAACAAGAAGAGUCACGAACACUACACACCACGGAAGGAUUUGCAGGGUUUGGGUCAUCCGAUGCAGAUGCGACGCGAAGGGCGGGACUCAUGGACCUCCUCAAGGCUGGCGGAGAGACAAUGGGAGUCAAACUGCUGAAGAGGAUGGGCUGGCGUGAGGGUCAAGGCAUUGGCCCCAAAGUGCGGCGUCAACCCAACCUGGACGAGAGCACAGCUGCCAGUCGGGAUGGCACGGAGCAAACGUAUCUGUUCGCGCCGGAGAACCCCCCCAUGGUAUCCUUUAUUCGCAAAACGAAUUUCAAAGGCCUUGGCUUCGAGGGCGAGUCUCGUCUUGAGGCCCCUGAGACCAGUCGCGAUGAACUGGAGGACUCCGAUUCCUUCUUUGGAGGGCGCCUGGCGGUCAAACAGAAAUCAAGGCCGAAGACGAAGGACUCUCGACGAGGCGGGUUCGGCGUCGGUAUCCUCAACGACACUGGGUCCGACGAUGAAGAUCCGUACUCCCUCGGUCCACAGAUAUCCUACAGCAGAACCAUUGGCGGCGACAAGAAGAAAAAGAAGAAGGGCAAAGCUGAGGAGGGGAAGCCAACGAUCGCAGCAGCCAACCCCCUACUGGAUGCCAACCCCGUCUUCAUCUCAAAGAAGGUCGCAGCGGCUCGCACCGCUGGAGGCUUCAGAAAAUGCCGUGACGGACGAUUGCCGCUGGACGGAUUCGUUCUGGCCGAUAGCUUGUCCGGCCUUUCUAUCUCGGAGAAGAAGUACGAGCCGCCUCCAAUCCCAGAGGGAUGGAAGUCUACCAAACAGCCCGCAUCAACCGAACGGGACUCCUCGAACUACGUAUCUACAGCGGAGGCGGCCAAGGCGUCCUCGCUGGAUCCUACCUCAAGAGCGGCAGCUCUGGGAGAAGCUCCACUCCCAGGGAAAUCGAUUUUCGAUUGGAUGACCCCCGAAGCUCGCGAGCGCAUCGCGAAGCUUACUGGAAACACCAAUCUCCCCCCUGCCCUGAGUGAAGGGGCCCCGAAAGGCUUCGCAACAUCUGAUGCCCAAAAGCGAAAAGAUCUUUGGGAUCUCGUGCCGAAGUUGGACAAGCAGACUGCCGUCCAGGCCUUGUCUCGCGCCGUCAGCGGAUGGAUGCCCUAUUCAGAAGACGAGAAUAAACGCGCGCGCUAUCGGACCUUCCUUGAAGUGCGAGCAGAAGUCCGCGACUCUCUUCCCGAUCGCCUUCCUGGAUCCAGCACCGAUGAAUGGGUCACCGAGAUGCAAGAGUUCGCGCGGGCGGCGGAGGUCUUCAAGCCCAUGUCCGGGAUUAUGGCAUCUCGAUUUACGUCGGCUUCCUCGGGGCCCAAGGUGGCCUCUGAUGCCCCGGACCCCACUGAUUCCCCUUUGAGUCGCCCCGCUGGAAAAGCAGAUCCCCCCGCUGUGGCGGCUGCCAAGAUUGGCAUGUUCGGGCAAAUGACCCGCAGUUCAAUAUCUUUCUAUCCUUCUCGUCUACUGUGCAAGCGCUUCAAUGUCAAACCCCCGGGCCACGUACAACUUGAUCCCGGGGAACAGUCUGGAGGCUCAGAUAGCGGGCCUGGGACUCGCGUCCAUCCCGGCGGCUCCCAGACAGAUACAGCAGCCCGCAAAGAGCUCGUGUCACAGGAGGUGAUGAACAUGAUCCUCAUGGAAUCGGGCCGCCAGCCGCUAGCCGCUAGUUCCGAUGCCGCUGGAUCAGACCAUGCAUCAGGCCCGCAAAUGGCCCAUCCACCUGCACCAGUCGUCGAGCCGGAGCGCAACGAGGCCCUCGAGGCUGAGCGACCGGGCGACGCCGUUUUUAAGGCCAUCUUUGGCAGUGAUGACGAAGAUUAG